UAUUCGACACAGUUUGAUGGUUAUAAUCUGAGGCGUACAAAAACGACGACAAUAUCAAAGUUUGUCAUCUUGUUAAACACUCAAAGCUCGUCAAAUUGAUUAAAACAGAGUUGGAAUGUUCUACAGAGACAUGUAUAAGUAAUAUGGAACCAACUAAUGAGAGCUCAGAUAAAUCUGUGCAUUAUUAUAAGAAGAAAUCAAACUCAUACAGCAGUCAAGCAGAAGCUAUGUCAUUUUUUGAAGAAGGAAAUUUUAGUAUGAAUAAUGGUGAUUAUGGAACAGCAAUUGAAAACUACAAAAGAUGUUUAGAAAAUGCCGACGAGGAUAAAUUCAAAAUGAUGGUUUAUUUUGGUCUGGGUAACGCUUGCACCCUCUCUGAUAAUUGGGAGGAAGGAUUGAACAGUUUUAAUCAUUGCUUAAAGUUUUCGUCUGAAGUUGAAAGUGAAUAUUUUGAACAUCAAGUAUACCUAGGCCUGGGGAGUGUUCAUUCUACCAUUAAAAGAUUGGAGGAAGCCAUGAAGAAAGAUGAAAUGGAAUGUCUCUGCCAUAUUGCAUUGGGAGGAUUGAACAAGUCGCUUGGAUAUUAUGAGAAAUCUUUGGAGCAUUAUAGAAAAGGAUUCUCUUUUAUUGAUUAUGAACACCAAGAAGCAGAAAUGCAAUCUCGACGACGGAAAGAAAAUCAACAAGGAAAUCAACAAGAACAAAAUAAGCGGCGUGAACGACCGCGACGACCAAGAAAAGUUGGUGGUAUUAACGUUGGUAAAGAUUUCGUUAAACAUAACUUAAAGAGCCUGUCAGUAGUUACUUCAGCUGGAAUUGUCAGUGGAGUGUUGGCUGUUUCAUGGGAAUUAGCAGAAUUGUUUGAUAAACUUGAGCAAUAUAGGGAAGCAGCAGAUAUUUAUGAAAUGUAUCUGGAGAUUGUCAAAGAAGAUGGAGAUAUAGAAAAACAAACGAACGUCAUGAAGCGUCUGAAGCAAAUAUACUAUGAAGACGAGCGUCAUUACUUAAUGGAUUCAAUUACAACGAAAUUACAAGAAAUUGAAGAGAGAAAAAAGAACCAAGAAUUGCAGCUGCGUGAAUGGAAAUACAAUGAUAAAUCGACAAAACAUAAAGAAUUGUUCUUAAAAUUAAUUGAGUAUGGGAAAGACCCUAAUGUUGAGGUUAAACAUGUGGACGAUGUACGUGUAGUUUUCUCGGAACAGUUUUUACUUGGCAGAGGAAGUGAUGGAACCCGUGUUUAUCUUGGACUGGGAAAGGAUGGUUACGGUAAAGCAGUAAAACAAAUUCUUCGAGAUAAUACUUAUCUGGCACAGAAAGAAGAAGAAAUUUUUAAUGAAAUCAAUGCUAAGAAGUCGGAUUAUGUUGUAAAUUAUUAUUGCUCGAGACAAGAUACAGGAACGGAUUAUGUCCAUUUGAUUCUCGAUCUAUGUGAAGAAUCGUUGGAGUAUUUUGUGCUAUCCGAAUCAAAUAGUUUAGAUUAUCUUCAAAAAUGCCUUCCCGACAUUUUCAAGCAAAUAUUGAACGGCUUAGUUGAUCUUCACAGCGAUCCACGUCCCAUUCUUCAUCGAGAUUUGAAACCUUCCAAUGUUCUCCGAGACACACAAGGCAAAUUCUUGAUAGCCGAUUUUGGUAUUAGUCGAAUUUUGAAAGACUCUCAGACAUACAAAAGCGAAGCUAAUAGGGGAACUCCGCAUUGGAUUGCCCCUGAAUCUUAUAUUGUUGAUAAAAACUUUCUUGAUAAAGCACGUUACAAACCAGAGUCUGAUGUAAUGAAUGCGGGAAUGGUGGCUUACUUUGUUGCAACAAAAGGAAAACAUCCUUUUGGUACUAAAGAGUGCAUACUUAAAAAUUUGUUGAAUGGAAAGCCUGUUGGCUUAAAGGAAAUCAGUAAUUUCGAACUAAAGGAUCUUCUUUCGUGGAUGCUACAACUUAAACCCGAACACAGGCCAUCUGCAAAGGAGGCGUUAAAACACCCUUAUCUACUAUCUGAUGAAGAAAAGUUUGACUUGCUGUGUGAAGUUGGGAAUCAACCCGAGAUAAAGAUACAGCAUUUAGAUCAUCUUCUCUGCUCAGAUGUCUAUGAGGGGAUAAUUGGUCUCGAAAAUUGGAUGAACCGUCUCAUUCCUGAAUUCGAUGAUCAUUUCAACAAGAAAUUCUACGACUCUACAUGGUUGGGAUGCUUAAGAUUCAUACAAAACGUUGAUCAGCAUUGGCAUGAUGAGCAUCAUACAAAACUGUCACCAUAUAUCAAGGAAGGCAACUAUAAAGAGUAUUUUGUACGGGUUUUACCAGAGCUUCCUCUUCUGGUGCACAGAAUCAUAAGAUUAAAUGAAUGGAUCUUAAGACCCGAUAUGGAAAAACGUAUUCCUACUUUACGUUACGCUUUGGAAGAUGAUGAUGAUGAUGAUGAUGAUGAAGACAUUGUAUCUUCAGUCAGACGAACGGACCGUUAUAGUUUCCAUUUCAAGCACAGCAAGUCAAUAUCAUUGAGCUCAGAUAAGAGAACAGCUGAACGUCAAUGUCAAUUUUUGAUGCCUGGAAAUGGCAUAGUUUUUAGUGAUCAACCUUUACGAGAUAAUGAAGUGUUCGAGGUUUCUGUUGAUAAGUUGGUUCCAGCCCUGUUUGGAAGAAGUGAUAUUACACUGGACAUAGGAGUGACGUCGUUGAAUCCAUCGUACAUGAAUUUACCACAAACAAUGACUGAUCUUACAACUGGAACGUGGAUGCUAAGUGGUGAUCAGGUCGUGAGAAAUAAAGUAAUAAUCAAACGAAGAUAUUGUCAAGAUCUUAACACCUUAUCUGUUGGAGAUCGUAUUGGUGUUUGUAAAACAGAAAAUGGCUCUCUUCAUUUUUUCAUUAAUGGAAAACACCAAGGACUUGCUGCUUCAAGUUUACCCCAAGAUGUUUUUGCUGUCGUCGAUCUUUAUGCAAAAUGUACCAAAGUGUCUAUUGUAUCACCUGGAGGUCCAACAACUCUCCCGUACUCCCAUGCCCUGGAAGGACCAUCAUUGAAUUCUGGAACAAGUUAUCAACAAGCAGAGAGACCUCGACCUAUUCCAAAACCAAGGACAAAUACUUCCCCAGCUACAACGACAUGCAACUAUCGAAAACAAUGUGAAAGUUUUCUUGAAACUUUGAACAUUUCAGAUAAUUUUUUUGACAAAACUCCAGAAUACAACAAAUGUUUUUGCGAUAACUGCCAUCAAGCUCGUGGAGAUAAAGAAUGCUACACUCGUGGCAAUCCACCAAAGACAUAUGCUUUACCUCUUGGUUGGAGCAGAUUUGCCGUAAAGGUUGGACCACAAGGUAAAGCUCUAAAUAUAUUUAACAACUGGCAUGUUGCCUUCCAUGGAACACAGGCGAAAUAUCUUCAGCCAAUAUUUAAUAAUGAUCUACAACUGCUAAUGCCAGGCGAUGUUGCUUUUGGUGGAAGUACGUUACGCGAGGGAGAAGGACAUUACAACGAUAGUUGGAAACCACGUGGCUUUGACACUAAGCAAAUAUUUGUUUCCCCAAGUGUAAAGUAUGCUGGUUGUGCUGUCUAUUCCAAGAAGAAAAGGUUUACAGACCCAAAAACUAGAAAAAGAUCGAUUGCCCAAGUAGCAUUGCAAGUUUUAAUUCGACCUGGAUCAUACAAAGUUGGAAGAACAACUGUAGGAAAUAAACAGCAAUUUGAUCCAAAUUUCAGUGAUGAUGAAUUGGAAUGGUCGACAAAAGAAAGACCAGCAAUAAUUGUAACAGGAUUAUUGAUCAAAAUAUCAAAUGACAGUAGUGAACAGUCAUACAGUGGUGACCAGACAUGGAGUCAACAAAGUAAAACAUUAUCUUUGUUUGGUUAACCGUAAUUCGCACUAACUUUUUAGCAACUAUUAUUUAAUAUUAAAUUGUAACAAAUUUUCUGACUUAACCAACACAACAUUGUAUCAGUUAAUAAUCAAUGUGCUUUUUGAAUAUAACAUUGUAUGUUUUUGAUAAUUUAGUGACUAAAAUUUAGCACAAUUCCAGCAAUAUAAUAGUGACUAUAGUAUGUAUAGUAUUCGUAUGUAAUAAUAUAUUAAACAGUGUAUAAUAAGUAUUGUAAAAUAUGAAUUUGAUAUGUGUAA